AUGAAUCCUUUGAAAUGCGCUUUCGGUGUUUCUUCAGGCAAGCUCCUGGGAUUCCAGCUCGUUGCUUCAUUCACCUCCUUGCUGAAGAAAGGAACGAGUUUCGUCUGGACUACACUACACCAAGAAGCAUUUCAGAAGAUUCAACGGAUAUUGUCGUCUCCAGCGGUCAUGAAGUCCCAUGUCCAAGGAAGACCAUUGUGCCUCUACACCGCAUUCAGUGAUACCGCCGUCGGGGCUUUGCUCGCUCAGGAGGAUGAUGAGGGAGUCGAACAUCCCAUAUACUAUUUCAGUCAAAUAUUAAGAGAUGCUGAACUCAGGCUGGUCAAGUGGCUUCUUCAAAUGUCAGAGCUAGACAUAACGCGUACAUCACCAAGGGCUAUCAAAGGACAAUCCGUUACAGAUUUACUGGCAACAUUCCUUGGAAAAGGCACUACUGCACUACACGAGGAUCUCCCUGGAGAAUUUCCAAAGAUCUCCGUUGUCGAAGGAGAGGCAUGGAUGCUGUAUUUCGAUGGCUCUGCCACUCCUAGCAAUAACACUAGAAGGGCAGGCGUGGUCCUAGUGUCUCCAACUGGUGAAGUUUUCUCACAUUUCUUCAAGUUGGACUUUCAGUGCACCAACAACUCAGCAGAGUAUGAAGCUUUUCUCAUAGGACUGUCAAUAGCCAAACAAGCAGGUGCCACUCGCCUGGAGAUAAGAGGUGACUCUAAGUUACUGGUUAAUCAGAUGAAUAGAAUGUAUGCGUUGAAGGAGGUACGAGAGUUGCUUGAAGAAUAUGGGAUUAAAAAGGUCUUCUCCACCAUUUACUAUCCUCAAGGAAAUGGACAGGCUGAAAGCACCAACAAAACAUUAAUUCGUAUUCUCAGUCGGAUAGUACAUGACAACCCCAGAGAGUGGAACGAGCAGUUACCGACGGCGCUAUGGGCGUAUCGGACGGCACCUAGAAGUUCUAUUGGGGUUUCUCCAUAUUCACUUGUUUACGGUGCGGACGCGAUCCUCCCAGCAGAAAUCAAGGUUCCGCCAGCCAGGAUUGCAGCAACAAGUGGGGUCCAGUGGAACGAGGCUAAAGCAUCUAACUCAAGAAUCGCUGAGUUAGACACUCUCGAUUCCCGAAGAAGCAAGGCAUAG